AUGCUGCUGCGUGGCUGGAUUGUCGUAGCAGCAAUGGCUGUCCCUGGCCUAAGUCUAUACCCUGAGGUGUUCGCCUUGUCACGCCAGGCGUCUAUCGACUCGCAAAAGCCGAUCUCGCAUGCCUCGCAGUCCCUGAAUGACAAUUCCCAGCCGUUGCAGUGUUUUCAGGUCGCCCACCCAGUGCUGGGCCCGACGGGGCCAGUGUACCAGUCUGGCAACGAACCCGGAUUCGAUGCUGUGCGGUCGAAGGACUCCUGUAUUGUGCAACUCAUGUCCCACUCCUUCGGCUUUAGCUAUGGAAAGCCGUUCGUCGGCCAUUAUGCCCCCCCGCCUGCAUGCGAAUUCGACAGGGUCAUCAUGAACUUUACUGUCAGCUCGUCGGGACGGCAGUUUGAUCGUCUUGCCCUCAUGUUUUUCAAUGACACUGAAGUGUGGCGAACUUCGACUGCCGAGCCGAAGCCAACCCCUGGUAUCGUGUGGACGUACUGGAAGGACAUGACCGAGUUUCUCGCCCUCUGGAAGUCGCCUCAGACGAUCAUUUUUGAACUUGGAAACCUCGUUGACGAAAUGUAUACAGGCUCCUUCAACUGCACACUGACGGCAACGUUCUUCAAGAGCCAAGUAAUCCGUCAGCACCAGGGUGGCACCCCGGCCGACAUGAUCAUCCCCAUCUCAGCAAAGAAUGGUGCGUCUGGGAAGGGGAGCGCAUGGUCUUUGCCCUCUGAGCAGGCUGUCAGUACCAUCCACUUCCCACAACACGCCAAUCGUGCUGUAUUUUCCCUCUCGGCCAACGGGCAGAUGGCAGAGGAGUUUUGGUGGAGCAAUGUGCUUCAAAGCGACGUUGAUACAUUCAACCAUACCGCCAGCAGCAUGCCAGGCUUGAGUCCGUUUCGAGAAGUUCAGUUGUACAUCGAUAAUCAGUUGGCGGGGGUGCAGUGGCCGUUUCCCGUCGUAUUUACGGGUGGUGUGUCCCCGGCUUUGCACCGCCCCAUUGUUGGGCUCGAGGCGUUUGACUUGCGCGAGCAUGAGAUUGAUGUUUCAGCAUGGCUGCCAGUCCUGUGCGAUGGCCUGUCACAUACUUUUGAAAUCAGGGUAGUGGGAAUUGAUGAUGACAUAGCACCAGCCUCCUUGUCAGAUAAGAUCGACGCUUACUGGGUUGUCACGGGGAAGAUCUUCGUCUGGCUAGACGAGCCGGGCUCCGUCACAACAGGCGCGGCGCCCAAAGUCGAUGCCCCGGAGCCACUUCUAUCAAUCUCCCACCAACGACGGCAAGAUGGUCACGGAGUCAACGAGUUCCUCGACUACUCACUUCGGGUGCGGCGCGCAGUCUCGGUUUCGGGAGAAGUUUGCACCCAAAAGGGCGCAUACCAAGCCUGGUGGCAUCAAGAGUUGAGGUACAGCAAUCUGGGCCAUGUUAGUUCCUUCGGCACCAAUCAAAUCAACAGGAUGACUAUUUCGGGUGCAGAUGAGGCCUCCGGUCCGCGACAGUACGCCACAGAGUAUUCAUACCCUCUCUAUGCAAACACAAGCUUCAGCAUCGGGUCGGACAAAAGCCUGACCAUAGAAGCGGAGCUCGAGCAAGGUCUACGCCUCAAAACCUGGGGUCAUGCCAUUUUCGCGUCAGGUCUUGAGGUCUUUGGUGCUGUCAGCCAAGAUGGUAAUCAGCUAUUGGGUUGCAAGCUUGAAACCCUACGAACAGGCAGAGCAGGCUUCCACCAGUCUGGGGACCGCCGGCGCAGUUCCGGCUCGGGCUGGACGCGGCAGGACUUUUACUUUGGUGGCAUUGACUCAGGCUCCAAGGACGACGUCGCGCUCUACGUUCGAAACGUGACGGCCAUCAACGACACGGUUGUUUCUGAUCGCGAAGUAAGUAGCAGGCAGGGUGACAGCAGCGGUGAGCGCACGAUCCUCCGAGAUUAUGGGAAGCCCACUACGCCGUCAAACUCGCGCCAGAACGCUGGACAGUUUGCGCCACCCAAAGGCAAACACACGCUCUGGGGUUCGUGGGGCGAGUCGGGACACGUCGUGGGGCUUGAUGAGUGGUGA